UACUCCAUUUGUCUUGUUGUGUUGGAAAAAUCCUUUCAGCCGCUCAUUUUGCGGAAAAUCCCCGUGAAAAUGCUAUCAAAAUCAAGGAAUAUUGUACAGAAACUUUGGGGAUCUGCGAGAUUCCUCCAAACUUCUGCCACGAAAUGCAGCGAUAAUUUGUUCGUGCACAGGGAUACACCCGAAGACAAUCCCAAUAUCCCCUUUGAAUUUACCGCAGAGAAUAAGAAACGUAUUGAGGCAAUAAUGAGUAUCUAUCCGGAGGGGCACAAGAGAGCCGCAAUGAUUCCUCUUUUGGAUCUCGCUCAGCGCCAGCAUGGAUGGCUUCCAAUUUCAGCCAUGCACAAAGUUGCUGAGAUUCUGCAGUUACCCAAUAUGCGUGUGUACGAAGUGGCAACAUUCUACACCAUGUUCAUGAGGAAGCCAACGGGGAAGUAUCACAUUCAGGUGUGCACGACGACCCCUUGCUGGCUCCGUGGCUCCGAUGAAGUACUCGAGACGUGCAAGAGGAAGCUAAAUAUUGGGGUUGGUGAGACAACCAAAGAUAAAAUGUUUACAAUUUCUGAAGUUGAAUGCCUGGGAGCUUGUGUCAAUGCACCAAUGAUGGCCAUCAAUGAUGAUUACUACGAGGAUUUGUCAGCAAAGGAUACAGAGGAAAUUCUUGAGGAUUUGAGUAAGGGACGCAAACCUGUGGCUGGACCAAGAAGUGGUCGUUUUGCAUCGGAGCCCAAUGGUAAAUUAACAUCAUUGACGGAGGAACCAACAGGACCUGGUUUUGGACUACAAGCCGGUCUGUAGAGGAUGAAUAUGUAAGUUAUUCAACCCGUGAAGAAUGUGAGUAGAAUAAAUUGAGUUAUAUAAAAAAAAUAUAUAAAAUUAUUUGAUUUAAAAUUCUUCUAAAUGCGAAAGGAGCUGAAGUUCUAUCUCAUUUGAAAAGAAUUAAUUUAUUUUCUUAUGAUGAUCCACAAUUGCCCCGUUACUCUACAACACAAAGAAUUAUUAGUCUUAUUAUUUUUUUAUUUAUUAUUUUGAUUUAUUUUUCCUGUACAAAUGUACUGUAAAUACUUUACAUUACAUUAAAUUUUACAUUAGGUAAUUUUAAAAAAAA